AUGUAUGUGAAAUGGUUUGAUACAGUAAUGUUAUACUAUGUGAUUUUAGUGUAUUGAGUGAAUGUCACUUUUACAAUUUUCAAAUUUCCCGCCAGUUCGAUCCCCGUACGUCCCAACGUCGCAGGGAACGGACCCCGGAAGACAGAUGCCAGCAUCGGCUGGAGGACAUUACAGAAGGGACAUCGCGGGAGCGCGGGGACAAGGUAAGUGAAGAACAGAUCCCGGAGCAGCGCUGCAUGGUAAGCCCGAGUGUAACUCGGGGUUACCGCUUGUGCUACACUCGGGAAUACCGCCAGGCAGGUUA